AUGAGUCGGCUGAACAGCAGUAAGAACAUUACUGAUGGCAAGGAGAUAGCCGAUGCAGGAAAGCCAUUCAAUAAGAACAAUUCAUCAGGGCACAUCAAACCCAGUAGUAUAAACAUUAGCACUACUACUAAUAAUAUUAGUUCGACUAAUAGUGCUAGCAGCAAUGUUAUUGGCGGGGCCGGGACCGGAGCUGGAGCUGGAGCUGGAGCUGGAACUGGAAGUGCCGGGUCUGCCAGGACUAGACCCAAGCCUGUGCCUCAUUUCAACUCUCAUAGUGCCGUAUACCAAGCACAGGAGAAGCAAUAUUUAAAGAAACUUAAAAGCUCUGUGACGGACGAUUACUAUACCAGAGGAAUCAAAGUCGCCGAGGAUGAUAUGCGAGAUCUGGAGAUUCCAGAGGAUGAAGAUGAUGAAGACGAUCUAGCGGAAGGUAACACCGAGUUGCUUGCGGAGAUUGACGAUGAUAAAUACCAGAUAGAUUUGAGUCUUGCGUUAUCAAUGAUUAAAGUUGGCAAGAGCACUUUAACCAUAAACCCUAACCAGAAUAUCCCGGAGAUAAGCAAGGAGAGUACAGAUCCUGCAGUGCUCGAGAGGUUAGAAUGGCAAUCGAUGUUAAAUGCUGUAUUGACUGGUGAUGUCGUUAAAUCUGAGAAAACCAAAUUAAUUAACAAUAAUAGUGAUUCACUGGAUUCCAUUUUACCUACAUCUUAUAAGGAGAAUCUUUGGUUUGGGAUUAAGGCAAAACUUAUGGGAAGAGAUGAAGAUGAUCAAAAGAAAAUUACUCUUUAUCGAAGAACUUUGACCGAUCUGCUUUUUGAAGACAUCAUUAAAUAUGAAAUUAAUUAUGAUGAUCCCAAGAAUAACCCUCCUCAAGAGCAAGUGAUUCAAAUUCUUGCUAAAUACGAAACAGCGUGUGAAUUAUGGCCAACUUUAGAUGCCAUGAAGAAGGAUAAACCAAUAUGCGCAACAAAAGAGUUUGAAGAACGUAUAAAUGCUUUAAAUGCAUGGCUAUCAAUAAGUGCUGCUAUAGAAGUUGAAACAAAUUCGUUAAAGGUUUGGUUAGGAGGUGAAGAUAUGGAAAUCUAUGAUUCUUCCACCACUUUGGAAACACCAUCCCCAACAAUCAAUAGGAAACCAUCCAAUCCUAAAUCUAUUUAUUCCGAUAAUGAAUAUAGUCAUAAUAUGUUCAAUGAGGUAUCAAGAUCGUUUGCUGAAAGAGUACUUAAAGAAAAGGAUGUGACCACUAUAUUUGAGAAGAGGCUAUUUUUACCUUUGAUGCCAUGGAUAGUCAAGUCUAAACAAACUUACAUCUUAUGGGGUCCCCUCUUAGAGAAUAUCAAAUUACCUGAUUUCAUUCAAGCAUUAAUUGAGCUUUGUGUGGUGCCUAUGAAACUAAUUAAAGAAAUAAUUGCUGUUAGAAUGAGCUAUGCUGUGAAAUUGCAUAAUCCAACUCUUAUGAUGAUUGACCAAAUGAUUGAAGAUUUCAGAGCUUAUAUUGCCAUUGCUGUUGAUAUCAAAAUGGCUAUGAUGGAAUAUAUCAAACAAGAUGAAAAGAAAAUAUGGUUUGUUAGUGAUUUAUUGGACGAUGAAUUGAAAGAGUUUGAUAACGUUGUUUUGGAAGCAGUGAUUUAUUAUUUAUCUUUGAUUAAUAAGAAGUUACUUGAUAGUUCAAGAUCAACGAAUUUCAGAACGUUUAAAGAACCAGAUGAAUUGGAAAAUACCUGGAAUUUCUUGAAACAGUUGGGGAAGUAUUUUGAAAAUGGUAACAGAGUAGUGGCUGAGAGAAUCACCUUGUUAACUUCCAAAUUAAUUCAUAGAGUGUUGACUUACUAUAAGAAACUGAUGUUACAUCCACUGGCAACCAAUUUAACUGAUUUAAUAAGGUGGUACAGUUCAACGUCAGAAAAUUUUGGUCAAUUACGACGUAAAUUGGCCAGAUUCACCAGUGAAUUAUCUAGAGGAUUCACCAAUUCAUUGGUGUUUAAUUUACCUUCAGCACCAGGCAAUUUUGUCAAGACAUUAUUGGAAUCACUUAAAUAUUCAAAUCAUUUCCUUGUCUACACAAACACCAUUGAGUCCCAGGGGGUUUAUUUCUUUGCCAGUGGUGAACUUAAAGAUAAUGAAGCAGAGAUUUUAAGAAUAAUCAAUGGUUCGUACAUUGGUAUUGACUUUGAAGAACCCAGUGAACGGUAUACUAUUUUACCCGAAUUAAUGGGAAUGAGAGAAACGGCAGAUUUGUUUAAUAAGGGAACAGAAUAUUCGUAUGUGCUUGCUAUUUGUCCUCCUAAACCAAUUGUAUGGGAUGGUAAUGUGGUGACAGUGAAAAUGGAUCAUCUGGUUUCUAUAACCGAUGUGAAACCUAGUCAAAUGUUGUUGAUUUCGAGAGUACCGUUUAAUCAUUUGGAUAUGAUCAAGCAAAGAUUCUUGGAGAGUGUGAGUGAGGCGGUUGAGUUUGGUGGGAUACUGAAACCUUCCGAACAACGAUGUUCAUUGGCUAAGAUUCAUACGGAAUUAACAAAAAUCAAUAGGACAUUCUUUAAGAUGUCUGUUGCUGUUUUAGAUUCUGUCCAAGUUGUUAGGAACAAAUGUAAAGAGAUUUGUCCUGAUGGAGGUACACAAGAUUUGAUUAAUAAUCAUUUUGUAUAUGCUCGAGAUUAUGGAAAGAAUUCCGUUCGGAAUCUUGAUUCCUCCAGGAAAUCUACGGUGAUUAUGAAAUUAAUCCAGCUAUCUAUUGAGUGGGUGAGUUUUGUUUGCGAUGAAUGUAUUCCAACCGAUAAGAAGACUUUCAAGGCUUGUGUUUUGGCAUUGGAAUUUUCAAUGGAUAUGACGAGAGGGUUCAAUGUCUUAGUUUUGAGUGAUGAACAAUUUGGACACUUGAAAUCCAAAGUGGCCCGUUGUAUGUCACUAUUAAUAUCCCAUUUUGAUAUUAUGGGAGCCAGAUUCAGCGAAGCAGAGAAGAAGAGAUUAUUGAAGUGGACAUCUCAAAGACAAUCGAUAGAAAAUGCCAUGGAUGAUGAAGCCAUAGUUAAAGAAUACGAAGAGGAAGUUAUGAAGAAUAUUGGAAUCAUUGAACAAUAUAGAACGGAUUUAGAAGCCAAUUUCAGAUCCAUUGGGAAAGUUAUCGACGGUACCGAUCUGGAAUACCAAUUUGUUACCUUAUUAGCGUCUUCCUUUUCAAGUGUUUCUAUUAGAUGGCAGAAGGGUAGGUUUAUUGGGGGAGGAACGUUUGGACAUGUGUAUUCAGCUGUUAAUCUUGAUACUGGUGGAGUAAUGGCUGUGAAAGAAAUCCGAUUCCAUGAUAGUCAGUCUAUAAAGAACAUUGUUCCUUCUAUUAAAGAUGAAAUGACCGUGUUGGAGAUGCUUAAUCAUCCUAAUGUGGUGCAAUAUUUUGGAGUAGAGGUCCACAGAGAUAAAGUUUACAUCUUUAUGGAAUUCUGUGAGGGGGGUUCCCUUGCGGGUUUACUUACACAUGGCAGAAUUGAAGAUGAAAUGGUGAUUCAAAUAUAUACCUUACAAAUGUUGGAAGGUUUAGCAUAUUUACACCAAUCAGGAGUUGUUCAUCGAGACAUCAAGCCCGAGAAUAUUCUUUUAGAUCAUACGGGGAUUAUCAAAUUUGUUGAUUUUGGAGCUGCCAAAGUCAUAGCCAAUAGUGGAUGCACCAGAGCUUCAACCAACAUGACUACCCAAUCAAGACAAGCAGGUAACUUGAACUCAAUGACUGGGACUCCAAUGUAUAUGUCACCAGAAGUCAUAACUGGUGCAUCUGCUGAUAGAAAUGGAGUAGUGGAUAUUUGGUCGUUGGGCUGUUGCGUAUUAGAAAUGGCUACUGGACGUAGACCUUGGGCUAAUUUGGAUAAUGAGUGGGCUAUAAUGUACCAUAUAGCUGCUGGGAAUAAGCCCCAAUUACCAUCACCAGAACAAUUGAGUGAACCAGGUAGGAAAUUUGUAUCUCGGUGCUUAGAACAUGAUCCAAAGAAGAGACCCAGUGCAGUGGAGUUACUUAGUGAUCCAUGGAUGGUUACCAUUAGACAAAUUGCCUUUGCUACAGAUAGUACAACUGGUAGUGUCACUCCAUCAGAUUCACUGUCUGAUUACUUUCAAUAA